GCUAAUACGGUUAAACCUUUUGUAAAAACUGCCAAAGUAAUGUUGUGUUUGUUUCAAUCAGUAUCAAUUGAGUCACAGUCAAGUAAACAGGGCUAACAUUGCGGUAAAGUGGUAAUACAAAAGCACAGUGUUUUAAUUCUUCAACCACUCUCUAUUUAGUUUCAAUAUUUUAUUUGUUGCUGUGAAGAGAGUGGAACAAGUGUUUUAGACACAAAACAUUAUUGAAUUUAUAUAAAUAAACGAAAUGAGCGAAGAUUCAGAGGAAGCUCCCAUCUGGUUAGACACAACCGACGUGGCGAAGAUACUCAACAAUUAUACGCAUAAUCAGUUAAACGAAAUUAUUUCAUUUACCAAAGAGCCUGCUACUAAAAAAGGUGAAAACUAUGCAAGUUGUCUACAUCUUAUAAAGGUUUCUUAUACCACGAAGGCGGACCCGGAAGCCAUAAAGAAGGUUACACUGAUAGUAAAGUCACGUUUAGAAAAUGAAUUAUUCUCACAAAUAGAGGAAGAUUUCAAUGUGUUUCACCGAGAAUCGCAAGUCUACAAUAUAAUAAUGGGCAAAGCAGAAGAGCUGUUACGGAGUGUCAACGAUGCAACACGUUUUGGACCUAAAGCGAUUUAUGUGGAUGAACGCGUGAUAGUACAGGAAGACCUUAAACAGCAAGGUUUUGCAAUAGAAGAUGUCAAGGUUGGAUUGGAUUUUGAUUGCUGCCGUUUAAUUCUAGAGAAAUUGGCAAAAUUUCACGCAGUUAGCAUGGUCCUGUAUAGAGAGAAUCCAGACUUAUUUCGCCAUCAUUUGCCAAGUAAUGUCUCUGAGCACUCAUCGCCCCUCCAUGACCUUUAUACAAAUGCCAUUAAGUGUUCGAUCGAAUAUUGUCAAACAAAUCCCAAACUUCAACAUUAUGUACCAAAGUUGAAAAUCUUCGGUGAGAAAAUUAUUCCGAAGAUGAUAAAUGUUUUCAGCCGCAGUCAAACGGACCGUUAUCAUGUGCUAAACCACGGUGAUAUGUGGGUGAACAAUUUGAUGUUUCGAAAGGAUGCUGGUGGCAAUGUUGUGGAAGUACUGUUCGUGGAUUACCAAGAGGGAUUUUAUGGUUCCCCAGGCAUCGAUUGGAAUUUUUUCAUAUUUUCAUCGUGGCAAAAGGAAGUGUUCCAAAAUCACUUUGAAGACCUGCUGGCUAUAUAUCAUGCGACAUUGACUGAUUUGUUGGAUAAAUUGAAAUAUGAUCUGCGAAUACCAACUAUUGAAGAUGUGAGAAAGUCUAUAAUAAAUAAAGGAUUCCAUGGUCUUGUAACUGCUACUUGUUUACUGCCCAUUUUGAUCAACGAGAACUCGGACUUAGCGGAUCCAUUGAAUUUUCUUUUGGUUACUGACGAGGCGGUAGAGAAUCGGCGAAAAGUUUUUGACAACCCAAAAUAUGGUGAAAGAUUGGAAGUUUAUUUGGAAUUUUUCGUGAACAAUGACAUUUUGUAAGAAUGAAGACUGCAGUGAGGUAUUAAAAAAAAAGUUGUGCAAACAUACAAAGUUUACGAGUAUAUCUGGGCAAUUAUAAAAUCAAGUCCCCAAAAAGCGUAUAUUUGGUUGUCUGAAUGCGUUAAGCCCAAAACUACCUAAAGGAUUUUUUUAUCGGUUGUCAUCAAUGGACGGUUAGACUAAUGAGGAAGAUAUAUGCAAAUGUUAUAUAAUGUAUUAAGAUCUUAUUUAAAUUGGCUGAGAUAUGACAAUGAUUACUGAAAAAAAAUCAUACAGACCCCAGCUAUCUCUAGUAAAAUAUUUUAACAAGUAAAUAAAAUAUUGCAAGAUUGGUGUUUAGAAAGAUUUAGAGUCCCUGCACACUACAGACUUUAUCGAUCGACGAUUUAGUCUGCAAUGUGGGUAGUAAAUAUCGUUAUGCUUAAGAUACGGUUAAGGUAUGGCACUUCUAAGAUGCAAUUAGCGGUGCCGUAGCCAUAACACCAUAGCCGUAACCAUAACCAUGGCCGCAACAUUACAGCAUUUGUCGAUUAGUCAUGCCGUGACCAUAAACAGCUGAUAUUGAAGUAGAAUUGAUGGCAACGUUUGGAUUUUAUUAUAAAACAAGAAUAAUUUUCUACAAGUCAAUUAAUGCUUCGUCGUUCAUUUCUAGCAUUAAAAUUUUCAUCGCAAAUAUCAAAACAAAUGUAAAGUAUUUCACAGCUGCUUACGAUUACGGGGAAAACCAAAAUUUCAAUAGAUACCUAUGGCUACGGUUAUGGUUAUGGCGUUAUGGUGCGCCACUUAGAAUCGCUUACAGUGAUGCCCAUAUGUUUGAUCAGAACAUCUGAUGGCCAUGGUUACGGUUAUGGCUACGGUACGGCACCAGUAAUUGUAACUUUAAGGUUCAAUUCAAAUUUGCUUUUCAUCUUCAUAACAGAGUUGCCAGUUAUUUCCAGGCUUACAAUUUCGAAAACAAUAUGAAAUUAGCAUUGCAUUGGCUUUUUUCCUUUGCAUGGUAUUCACAAUAGAUGGUGUGAGUUUUCGAAUUAAGUAUAAAAUUACAUAACAGAAUAUGGAAAAAAUAGAAAUUAAUUAUAAAAUUGAAUUAAAUAUUA